AUGAACUUCCUGGACCCUCUCAAUAUCAGCAUUUAUGCAACACCGCUAGGGAACAGUCCACAAUACUCUGCUCUUUCAUACACAUGGGGAGAUAAGACCCAUGUGAUACCUAUUGCAGAUUAUAAUCGCAAGUUCUUGCACCAUGUGACCGAAAAUCUUGAAUCUGCUCUUCGACAUCUCCGAAGACAGAAAGAAGCUAUAAUUCUAUGGAUCGAUGCUCUAUGCAUCAAUCAAGAUGACGAUCGCGAGAAGAGUCAACAGGUAAUACGGAAAGAUUCACCUGAUAGUGACAAGGCUAUGGACAUUGUCCAUCAGAUUACGGAUCUUGGAACUCUUGAUAAUACUGCGACGGAUUCUUCAAAUAUUGGACAAUGGAAAGCUUUCGUCUCAUUAAUGCGUCGCCCUUGGUUUUCUCGUCGAUGGACCAUCCAAGAAGUAGUCUUCGCGAGAAAUGCAUUUGUGCACUGUGGAAGAAAAGAAGUGCGCUGGCGUGAUUUCGCAGAUGCUGUGACAUUAUUCGGUGAGAAGGCUGAAAAAAUUCGGACACUAUUCGAAAGCACAAAGAACGGCUCACAGUAUCUGAUUAAUAGCCAAAAUAGUCCUGCACGCUCGUUUAUUACGGCUGCGGAGCCACGAGAUACAAUUUACGCUCUCAUAGCAUUGGCAAAUGACGUUGUUCCGCCUAUGAAAGAGAAAAUUGACUAUAGGAAGAGUGUAGCUACGGUGUGCAAAAGUUUGAUAUCACAAGUAGCCGAUACACACGGCACACUUGAUCUUAUCUGCAGAUCAUGGGCGCCGAUGGAACAUCAAUUACCGUCGUGGAUUCCGCCUUAUACUGGACCUUCCUUUUCUUGGGACCCUAAAUGUGUUUUUAGACGCAUCAAAGCUGUCAGUCUUAUUGGACCGCCCGAUAAACCAUUUUAUAAUGCAUCUGGAAGACAUCGACAAGCUGGAGUGAAAUUCGACGAAAAUGGUCUAGGAUUUAUUGUGGAAGUCCAAGGCUUUGAAUUCGACAGGGUUCGCUUGGUGGAAGAGCCGGCGAGAGAUGGCUAUGUACCAAAGAGCUGGCUUGACAUUGCAUUGGGCUUGGCCAACGAAAAUGAACCAAGAUUAGCUGAAGCUUACACUCCCACACGGAAUGCUAUUCCGGAUAUGUUUUGGCGUACGAUAGUUUCUGAUAGGAAUUCAAAGGGCAAUUCACCUCCAGAUUGGUAUCUCCGGGCAUGUAAGGAGUCUUACCGGCUUUCCUCUACUAAAGGUCUCGAUGCGGCUGUCAAUUCUGUCUCGCCUGAGGAUUAUGAUGCCUUAAAUACUGUAAAGAUCAGUGAAAAGGGAGAUAACUUGAGAAGCCCAACUAUGGUUACAUCAUUUUUGAACCGGGUGCAAGCUGUUAUAUGGAAUCGAAGAAUGGCAGUCACGGAGCAAGAUGCACUUGCAAUGGUUCCAUGUGAAGCCCAGGAUGGCGAUCGCAUUUGCAUUAUUUUUGGAUGUAGUAUCCCAGUCAUCUUAAGAGAACAUGGAGAAGAUGUUUGGAAAGUGAUUGGUGAAUGUUAUUUGAAUGUUUCUGAGAUUAUGGGUGGAGAAAUCGCAGAUAAUGUCGACAAGGGAUACAAAGUGGAUUCGUUCAACUUGAUCUGA